AAAUUUACAGCUGUUGGAAGCAAAAAUCUCCAAAUUCCUAUGAAUUUUUUCCCCCCACUUCUCUCUCAUCUGGUUAUUCAAGAGAAAAAAGCAUUCUCAAGAUGUUUAGCUUUUAACAGUAAAUGGAUGCUCCAGUGUUACUUUUUUCCCUUAGUGUUACUUUACCAAAGCGUCUAGUUUUUGAGUAUGUUAUAUCUUGUCACUGUGAAAAAAAGCUGUGGCCAAAUUUUGAAGAAGUAGGUGACAAUGAGAUACUUGGUUCUCUCCCUACCACCCCUCCCCCCAAAAAAAUCAGUAAUAAUCAGGCAAAGUAGUUGUAGUAUUUUUAUUUUCUUCAUUCAGCUUUGAAUUUUAUUGACCAGGACACUAAAAUCGAUAUGUAUUUGAGAAAAAGAUGUGAUGUGCUAAUGCUUUGAGAAAAUUUAAGACACAAAAUUACUGAUUCUAAAAUCGAAGUUGUCUAAUUCAUGAAUUUCUUGAUUUUGGUGGUUUUAGAUUUAUUUUGUUUUUUAAUUCUCUAAAUCUUCAAAUCAUUUAAAGACUUACAUUGCCACUGGGUGGCAGCCCUGACUUCUCCCUCUACGCAACAGGAGUUAGCAAAUACAAACAUUUUAUUACAGUUUUUAAAAUCUUUAUUACAUCUGCUUUUAAAGCCUUUUAGUUUGUAUUUCAUUAUCUUUCUCAGCCCCACUUUAUUUAUUAAGAUAAUUAUGAGUAGGCAAGUUUAAUGGAAACAAAAGUCACAUGCUUACCUUUUUUGGCUGUAAAAUCACUUGAAUAUAAAUUGAGGAAAAUAGUUUUAAAGUAGUUGUAAAAUGACUUUUUAAUUUUAAACAAACAUUUGAUGAUGCUUGCUUUUUAUUCUCUACCUCUUUGUGGAUUCCCCUCCAUCCAGUCUUCCUUACUUAAAAAAUGGAUGUUUAUUUAAAAAAAGAAAGGACGUAGAUGGGUUCAAUUACUACUUUGUAUCACAGACGUGAGCUAUUUAUAGCAAACCCUGCUGAGCUGAUGUCAAGCAUUUUGAGAAAGUAGGAAUGGAGCAGCACUGGAAACAGAAUGCAUAUUUCUGUGCUAUAAUUAGAUUUAUAAUAACUAGAGAAUUCGUAGGAGAUCAUGUGUGCCAAUAAUAGCUAUUGUGUGCUCUUACUAUAUGAUGGAAACCUCACUGGGAACUACUUAACUUUGUAGUUCAACAUUUUAUCAAUUUUUUUAAAGUCUUAAAACCAAUGUUUACAUCAAUGACUUUUUUUUUUAAUUAUGAAUUUUCUUAAGAACUGGAACCAUUUUUAAAAACAUCUACAUAGCUAGCUAGUAGCAGGACUUGUAUUAGAAACUGCUUUUCCUCAUUCCUAGCCUGUACACUUGCCUUGUGACACAUUGGCCUCAUUGUGCCUGUUUUUAGACUAGGAGGAAAGUCCUGGAAAGAGCAAUAUUACAGAAAUUUUCUUUCAUCUGUGAGGAGAUGCUUAGCUUUCAAUUUAAAUAUUCAUAACACACGUAACUGCCCCACAGCCCACUUCUACAAAUAACUUCAAAUUCUUGGAAGAAGGAUUUUGAACUUUACAUAAGCUCAGUGACAGAAAGCUAUUGCUGCUGUAUCUGUUAUUUAGUCAGAAGUCCUUAAGUUCAGCUGAAUACAUAUUCACACAUAUUACACGCCUUUGACUAUACACAGUAACACCUGGCACUUUUAAAGAUGGUGUGUCACAGAUAAAGCACUUAACAAAAUCAGAAGGCUUUAGUGCAAUCCAUUGUAAUUGCUGUAAGAAUAGAAUGCCUAGCUUUGGUUGGUGCAAUGAUGUCUUCAUGGAUAUGUGGAUAGAGUAAUGAACCAUAAGUUGUCUCCAGCUUUAAUGCUUUAAUUUUGUCAUCUAAUCUAGAGAUUGCAAGAAAGCAGGGCCACUACCAUCUGUGUAGAUACAUUUGUGAGAAUUGCAAAAAGGCACGUCUUCCCCUAGCAAGACAGACACUUUUUUUGCUGUUAAUAAGUCCAAAACUCACCAUCACCACCCUUCCCCCAUCUUGCAAGAUAACCCAUUUCAGGAUACAACCAAACAGGAAUACAGUUCAACCUGCAAUGCUUAAAAAAAUAAUUGUUAACAUUUUUUAAUGGGGUGGGGAGGGGUUUACAUAAACAGAGUUUUGGUUUCCCCUGAAAAAUGAGAAGCUGGUAACACUGGACUUGAAUUCUCACAAGGCAUUGGAUAGUAUGGAUGCACCCCAUAUUUUUACCAAUACAUUAAAGAUUAACAGCGUAAAACAGUGUUUCCCAACCUUUAUCCUGCUAGUUCAAAUCUCAAAAUGCAGUUACUCCCUGUUUUUCCUGUAACUUGGAGUUUUUGGUUUGGAAUCUGGAAACUUAACAUUUUGCAGAAACAUUUCAGUUGCGAUGUCCAAAUUAAUAAAUUAGAAAUAAAUAUUACAGCAUGCUUUAACUUUUCCACUUUAGUAUUUUGCUAGAAGAAAAGGAGAUCCUUUGUAGUCUUAUCUAGAUUCUUUAAGUGUUUUUGAAUGGUUUCACAAUUGAAGUCACUUCUAACAUAAAGCAAAUUUGAUACAGCACAAAUGACAUCCUCAUUUUAUGUUUUGAACAGCAUCCAAUGGACUUGUUGAAAAUGCCAUAUUACUGCUGCUUGGGAAAAUCAGUGUUUUUUUCUAUUGCAAGGCAAGGUAGGAAAGCUCCUUCUGAAAAACUGGUUCUGUUGGCUUUUAACAAGUUUAUAUGACUUAAUUCUCAUCUUCUAAACUCUUAACAGACCAGCACACACUGCAUACUCCACACCCUAGUUUCUUGCUAUUAAAUGACCUAAAACCAAUGACCAAAGAACUGAAAUACCUUUUUAUUGUUUACUGUGAGGGGUUCUUUUGAUUUGGAAGUACUAAUAAAUAUAGUUUGCUGAGACUUUAACGAGAACAUAAAUUGGGCUUAGUGAGGUUUUGAAGAGCAAGAGCAAGAUUUCGUUAUCACUGGCCAUGUUCACAGAGAUAAACCCGCAUGUCUUUUAGAGUAUGUAUGUUGGUUUGAGCACUUAUAUUAUCUCAGAUACUUCAGAAUUGGCCUAAUGCCUACAAAGGAUUCACACAAACAUUUAGUUUACCUAGCAGAUUUUUUAAACAUUUCCUCUCAAGUUACUUUUUAAGCUGCUUUUAAAUCUCCAGGGAAAGCUGGUCUCAGUAUUUUGAAAUAAUGUUGCAAAUUUUAUUUGUAGUUACAGAAGACAAAAAGGACUCAAUUUCCCCUCUCCCAUGUAUUACUGUGACUUUUGAACAGGAAAACAAACUUACAAGUAGACAAGAAUAGACAUCUAAAGUAGUUUAGAUACUGCUUUAAAUAGAUCUCUGGACUCAGAAAAUAUAUUAAACUCUGUAGAACAUUUGAAGAUAGCUUUUGGGAAAUUAUGGAGACAGGUAUAUUCCAGAAUGAGACUACAGAGUCUGUUAAAUACUGGAAUGGUUAUAAUUGAUGUUUUUUGAGCAUCUGUAGAAGAAAUGAGUGAUCCCUGAAUAAAUGUCUUUUCUUGGAACAAGUAAUGCAAACAUACUUUCACUUGUUUUGAUACGUUUUAGACUAUAGGUAAGGGGGAUGGUGUAGAAGACAAUUUCAUCAGGGCAUAUGCUAAUCACUUGGUGUCAAGAUGAGAAAAAUACUUUUUGGGCAGUUAAUAUCUAUCUGUAUAGUUUUGUGUCUGCUUAGGUUUUGGAGGUACUUAUCCAUCAACCAACCAUCCAGCCACCUCACCUUAAAUAAUUUUGCGUAGGUACCAGACCAUUCUAACCUAGCAAUAUGAGUGUGAAGAGAAGGGACACAUUUGUCCAAAGCUGUACAUUUCUCAUAAUGUAAAGCCUAAUGGAGAAGUUCUAUGAAGAAAAACAGAGCAAGAAGAGAGUGGGGUGUUAAUUUAUGCAGGAUGGUCAAAGGAGAUCUCGUAAGAUUGACCUUGAGUGUACUGUGUGCUUCACUUAAUCUCUGGUGACUAGCUUUAAACCAGUGAAUGAGUGAAAAUACAGCAGUCAAAAUCAUUUGAAAAAUUAUGUUACGAUCUUGCACUGUUACAGAGCAUUGUUUCUGGUUUUCAAAUUGUAAAAUUGGAAUAAAAAUAUUUGUGUCAUUUAGACAUGGAACUUCUAACUGCAAAGUUCUGUUUUGAAUAAGGCCUGAUUCUCCAUCUUUAGUUGUUGGGGAGUGUCACAUAGAAAAGAAUCAGUUAUAACUACAGGAAGGAGGACAGUUUGUUGACAGACCUGAAGGUUUUAAUUCAUACCCGAAGGAAAGAAUUGAGGUUAACAUUCCUGAUGUUCUGCACUGUGGCCAGACAAUAAAUCAGGCAGGAAAUUGAAAAAGUAAAGUAUGUUCACAGGAGGUUGAAAAGGGACUGUAAGAAUCCUGAAAACGAGAGCUGGAAAGUGUGUCAAAGUUACAUCUGGAGCAGACUCAGUGGAAGCAGGAGUAAAAAAAUCUAAGACAAGGCAAAUUCUACUGUUUAAAUACCCACUGUGUUACUUGCAGAAGAAAAAUAAUUGAGAUGGGGUUACAAUGAAAUGUCAGAUGUGCUGAAACACAGGACAUAGACAUAUUCCUUUGGUUAAAGGGAAGAGGACUAUUUUGUGCUAAGUAGAGCAGGGAAGCAUUACUGCAGUUAAUUGACCUCAUGGUCUGUGCCAGAGCACCAGGACCUACCCUGAGUUUGCACAACCUUAAGAGUUAUUGCCUCAAAUUUUGUGCCCUGGUGCCUCCCUUGCUUCAGUUUAAUCCCAGCACUUAUGGGGCUCAGAGGGCUUAGGAGUUUCUUCCUUGAGCAUCAAUUCCCUUUUCCCUCCCAACUCUUGCCUUUCCAUAAAAAAAACUAUCUCCUUGCUUUUCCUUCAAUAAUCAUUCAAGUGGCAAAUAGUGUAAUAGGAAAACGAAUUCCUAUUUGUAGACUGUACUUGGGAAAUAGCUUUGUUCUUGCAGUGCUUCAUCUUCAGACAUAGAUGACUGAUCAUCUUCAGCUCUGGAAUGCUGUGGGAAUUAAUCUGAGAAGUCCUGGCAGCAGGUUAGAGGAUAGUUUGGUUUUGGCAGGUUGUAUAGACCAACCAACCAACUAAUAGAUCACAACCAACUGAUGCGAAGGUAUAGAGAGGGAAGUUCCUCAAAGAAGAAAAAGGCAUGGUCAGAGUCAGGCAUGUCCAGGCAAGGGUAGCGGCCAGCAGGUGAGGCGCAGCCCUCCAGAAAUUCUCAACCAGUGGCAUGGCCCAUGCAGAGGUUGAUGGUCUGAGCUCCUCGUUGAUUCAAGGGCCAGUCCUGAGAUGAACUGUCAUUCAAAAGCAUUGGUAGCAUUCAAAAAGGUAGCAUUACCCUUCAGCAUGCCCCAGAAGUCUGCUGAGCAGAGUUCAGAGUCCUUGCAGUGGACUGUGAAGGACUGGCAGGCAGUACUGCCUUGUCAACAGCAGUGGUGGGCAGGGGAUCUUGACAGGGACUCAUGUCCAGACUGAGCUAAAUAUCUUAAGAUCUCAAAGUCUGGUGGACAACUCUCCUUACCGUACAGCAUAACUAAAUGAGGCUUGUUCUUUCUCCCAUUUUCUGUUUACUUACCUUUUCAUCCUCAGUCUGUUUUCCUUUGAUUUUUCCAUCCUUGAGCCUUGGCCAUGCCAUCCUCUCAGUUGGAAUGCUUAACUGCAAAUGUGUAUCUCCUAUCCAAAUCUUAAGUGGGUACAUCCUUGAAAUGCCAUAUUAAGGACUGUCUGUUCUCUCAAGCCCUUGCUAAUCUAGAUCAUUCACUGUUUUAUGUCCCUCGUACACAUUUCGAGCCCUCUUUUGGUGCUAAUUGGGAGGCAGUAAGGUGAGUGAAAAGAACUUGGAGUUAGGCAGAUCUCUGUCAAAAUUCCCGUCUCUGUCUAGCUCUGGGGGUCUCCAGUAAAUUUUCAGGGGUGUCCUCAUCUGAAAAGUAGGGAAUCAAAUCUUAACUUGAAAGACUUAAAUCGUAUAUAUACUAUAUCUAUAAUGUGGGGAUCAAGGAGACGGUGCAGCAAGUGUUCUUGACCAUUAUGUUUUUAAAAAACACAGCUAAUGCUUAUUGCGUACUUAACUUUGCCAGAUCCUGUCCUGAAUGUGCUGUCUCAUAUAAUCCUCACAACAGCCCUAUGAAUUAGGUACUAUUACAAUUUUUUUCCAGUUUGCAGAGGAGGACAUUAAAACAGAUUGCUUAAAAGAGCUAGCUAAAAAAACACAACUAGUAAAUGGCGAAGCCCAAACACCAAACCAGACAGUCUGGCUCCAGAACCCAUGCUUUUGAUGACCCUCUUAAUAGGUGUCGCCAACUGGAAGCCUUUUUUGCUGAUCCAGGGUCCAAACUGAAAGAUGGGCAGCCUACAAAGGUCCAGCCAGUAAGAGCAAAUAAUCCCUAAUGUAUUUAUUGUUAAUACAACAAAUGGUUAAUAAACCAUUUGUGAAGACCUAUUGUGUUCCUGCCAGUGUGCUAAUGUGCUUUGUCUGCGUUCUUUAAUUCCCACAACUAUUAUGCAAGACAUCGUUGUUUUAUAAAAAUGAGGCUCAUGGAGUUGCUAUCUUCCCCUUCACAUCAAGAGAUCACUACUUUUUCCAACGCACUCCUCAGCCUACAACGAUCUAACUUCUGAUCCAAGUUCUCCACUGGAACUCCUCUUACUGGGAUUACAAAUGACCUUCUAAGUGACAUAAAUCUUGGAGACAUUUUUCGAUGAUCAAGUGACUUUCUUCUGCACUCCCACUUGGUGAGCACCCCUUCCCUCAUUGUUUCCAGGACCAUAGUCUGUUCCAGAACCACCUUUCUGACCUGUUUAUUUCCCCGUAUCUUUCUAUGCCAUUUUUCGUUGGUCAGUUCAUUCUUAAAUGCUGAUCAAGAGCAUAUCCACCCACCUCCUUAAUCUGCAUACCCUCCCUGAAUGUUCUCACCACUUCUAGUCUCAGCUACCCCUGAAAUGCUGAAGGUAGGGGAAAUGGUGCCAUACUCUGACACUCAUAAACUGAGACAAAGAUCGUUUACAUUUGGAUCGUUGACAUCCCCCAGUCCUUAGGAGCACCUCAAGUUCAAGUGUAUCAAACUGAACACAUGCACACUUUUUCUGUACCAUCCCCAACACUGACUACCUUGCUGCCACCCCACCCUCCUUAACGUUUAGGUUAAGCUGCUGUCACCACCUAGUUACCCAAGCCUAGGACCUGAAAAUCAUGUUUGCCGCCACCGCCUCCAAUCCACUCCAUGUCUAGGAGCUGUCAAUUCUACCUCCAAGUUUUGAAUCUGUUCGCUUCUCUCUCGAGACAUGGGAAAACCUAGAGGAAGCCAGCAUCUCUCACCUGACUGACCAAAGUAUCUCCCUCCUCACCUACCAGCCUCCAGUCUGGCCGCUUCCACUGUUUUUUCCACCCUAGUCAUAAACUUUCUCAAACUCAAAUACAGAGGAUGAUGUGAUCAGAUUGGAGCCCCUUUAACUCUCAUUGCCUCAGGAUAAACUCUGCUCCUCGACAAGGCAUUCAAAGCUCUCUCAAAUUCUGUUUUUGUCUGCCUUUGAGCCCCAUUUCUUGCUACUCCAACCUGGUUCUCUAGUUGCACCAGGCUUCUUGUGGUUUCCUAAACACACUGUAGCUGGCUGAUUUUUUUUUAGCAUUUAAUACUCAGCCCUAAAGUCACCUCCUCCAGGAAGUCUUCUCUGAUCCCCUAGGCUGGGUUAGGUGUUUCUGUUUAAUGCUCCUAUAUUCCUUUGGUGACAUUUCUGUCACUUCAUUUCCAAUAUUGAUUUGUGAUUAUUCUCAUGUCCAUUUUAUCCACUAGUUGGGAAGUUUGUGGUUGAGGUCAGGAACUAUUAAUUUCCAGUAUCUAGCAUAUAUAAGCCCUUAGUGAAUGGCAGUUGAAUGAAUAAAUAACUUUCCUAAGGUUAUAUUGCAAAUAAUUUCUGACAUUGUAACUAAAAUGUUGCACUCUAAAAUUCACGUUCUUUUUACUAAUGCAUUUGCACAUGUAGAGUGUUUAGAGACUUUAAAAGCUGACGUUUUAAGGGGCCAAACCUUAUAAGAUUUCCUUCCAAUUAAAAAAAAAAAUUCAAUAAUACAUUCACAUGGUUCAGUAAUCAAACAAUAUAAAAAGAUACAUAGCACCCACAAGAGUUGAAAGCAGAGUCUCAAGAUAUUUGUACGUCUGUUCAGAGCGGCAUUAUAUUCACAGUAACUAAGAUGUGGAAGCAACUCAAGUGUCAAUGAAUGGAUAAGCGUAAUGUGGUAUAUGGAACAUAAUUCAGCCUUAAAAAGGAAGAGAUUCUAUAAUAAGCUACAAAAUGGGUGAAUCUUGAAGAUGUUAUACUGUUGUUUGAAAUAAGCAAGUCACAGACAAGUAUUGCGGGAUUCCACUUACACAAGGUACUUGGAGUAGUCAAAAUCGUGAAGACAGGAAAUAUAAUGGUGAUUUCCAGGGGGAGGGGGGGAAAGGGGAGUUACUGUUAAAUAAGUAUAGAGUUUCAGUUUUACAAGAUGAAAAGAAUUAUGGGGACAGAUGGUGGUAAUGGUUGUAUAACAAUUUGGAUGUAUUUAAUACCACUGACUGUAUAUGGAAAAAUGGUUAAGAUGGUAAAUUUUAUGUGUAUUUUACCACAAUAAAAACAGUUUUUAAAAUUCCCCAAACAAGUUACUGGAAAGAGUCUGGUUCCCAUUUUUCUCCUCCAUCUUCCCAAUUCCUACUCCCUUUGCCCCCAGAUAAACAGCCUUGGUAGUUUCUCUAUCUCCUUCCAGGUUUUCUUUUUGCAAAUGCAAACAAAUAUGAAGCUAUAUAUUCAUCUCCUGACUUUCAAAAAGAUACUAAAAAAAUUUUUUUUAAACAUCUCUGCUUCUGAAGUGGAGAUGUAGCAAAAAAGUACCCACCUCCAAUGAACUCACAAGAGGGAGCCUUGUGAAAGAGAACAGCUAUUUGAUGAGAGGGUCAGAUAAUCUUGCCUGCUACUGCCUAGGAGACCUCUAGAGGUCUAUCCAGGGUCCCCCAGGUUAGAGCCUGUGAUCCAGGCAGAUUUUUUAUUUUUUUUAAAAAGAUAACAGUAAUAAUAACUUUAUUUACACGCAGGAUCUUAGUUCCCCGACUAGGGAUCGAAUCUGUGCCCCCUGCAGUGGAAGCACAGAGUCCUAACCACUGGACACCAGGGAAUUCCCCCCACCACGCUUAAGCUUCCCAGGUACCUUUUCUCUGGAACUCUCCUAGGCCACUCCCACUUGACGCAAUAUCUAGGUUUAGGCAGAAAGGAGGGUGCUGCACAGCCCGCCUCUUCGGAGCUGUCCGGGCUGGUUCCUCUUUCCAGAACAAUUCAGGCUUUACAGCAACUCAGACUCAGCUCCAACAUCUGUUUCCCGAAGCAAGGAUGGCUGAGAUGGAAAGCAUACUUCAUUCUGGAAGGAAACAGCAUUCCAGGUCAAGCUGAGUCUGCCAAACACCGACCCUCAAAAUGGUUCUAGAAGAAAUCAAGACAAGUCUUAUCAUGUGGUUUUCCUACGCCUUGAUUCCUUGUUUGUUUGUGGAUGGAGUGGCUGUUCUACCUGCCCCUCAGAACCUCUCUGUACAAUCAACCAACAUGAAGCACGUCUUGACAUGGAGCCCAGUGAUUGUGCCUGAAGAAAUAGUACACUAUUCUGUCGAGUACCAGGGGGAGUAUGAGAGCCUGUACACGAGCCACAUCUGGAUCCCCAGCAGCUGGUGCUCAUCCACUCAAAGGCCUGAGUGUGACAUCACGGAGGACAUCACCGCCACUGUGUCAUACAGCCUCCGGGUCAGGGCCACCCUGGGCUCGCUGACCUCGGCCUGGAGCACUCUGAAGCACCGCUUUAACCAGAACUCAACCAUCCUCACCCCGCCUGGGAUGGAGAUCACCAUGGACGGCUUCCACCUGCUUAUUAAGCUGGAAGAUCUGGGGCCCCAUUUUGAGUUCAUCGUGUCCUACUGGAGAAGGGAGCCCGGUGCCAAGGAACACGUCAAAGUGGUGAAGCCCGGGGUCCUUCCCGUGUACCUGGAGACGGUGGAGCCCGGAGCGGCAUACUGUGUGAAGGCCCGGACGUUCGUGAAGGCCAUCGGGCGGCACAGUGCCUUCAGCCGGACAGAAUGUGUCAAGGUGCAAGGAGAGGCCCUGCCUCUGGCGCUGGCCCUGUUUGCCUUCGUGGGCUUCGUGCUGAUCCUGGUGGUGGCGCUGCUCUCCGUCUGGAAGAUGGGCCGGCUGCUCCAGUACUCCUGCUGCCCCGUGGUGAUGCUCCCCGACACCUUGAAAAUAACAAAUUCACCCCAGAAGUUAAUCAGCUGCAGAAAAGAAGAGGUAGAAGCCUGUGUGACCUCAGGGCUCUCUUCUGAGGAGCUCCUCAAGGCCUGGAUCUAGCAGAUGAAGCCGAGAAAUCUGGGCUGCAGGACGCAGAAACCACGAGGGGAAAGGCGGCACUUCUUUUCCUUCAAGGACAAAAGACAAGAGAAGAGCCUGCCACGUCCACGUCUAGAAGCAGCUGUCAGAGGCAGGGUGGUAUGGCUGAUGGAGUGCUAAGAGGGGGUCAGAGGAUGUGACCUCCAACGCUGGAUCUCUGCCAUCUACUAGCAGGAUGACUCUGGGGGAAAAUGACUUAGUCUCUCUGCUCCUCUGUGCAAUGGUUAACUACUUGACCAUUAAACCGUAUGUGUAUAUAUAUCCAUAUUAUCUCUCUGCCACUUGCAGAGCUGUCGGGAAAUUGGCAACAUUGUACACUGUGAUUAGUUCUGCUUUUCUGACGAGCAGCAGGUCCAUGUGUAACAGGGAUGAUCAGAGACUACAUGAGCAAUGGCCACUUUCCUGGAGGAAACUUUGAAGACGAAAGGAAGGGUGGGUGCAACGAGGUUGAUUUCACUUCAAGCCAAAUGCCUGUGCUUGCAUGUGGGCUAAGUCACUUCAGUCUUGUCUGACUCUUUGUGACUCUAUGGACUGUAGCCCGCCUGUGCGGAGGUGACUGAAUGGCUCAGCCAGCAAUAAGAUCUGUGGCCUAGAGGGAGACUACAGCCCCACUGAAAAUGGGCCUGUGCAGGGUGAAUAGGGUGUUCACGCUGAGGACAGCAGCUGAAAUGAGUGUGUAUGAUGAGAUGAGACUGCAAAAAGCUGUCGAUCGUAAAUGUAAUGUUUUCUGUGCUCCUUUUUCCUGUGGAGUUGUUAUAGUACAGCAUGAAAAAUAAAAAGAGGUCACCUUGGGGAA